UACAGCAUGGGUCUCUCAUCCAUUGCCAUUACGUUUUUCUCUUUCCUUUUUCUCAUUCACCACCACCUCGUUCACGCCGAGUCAACUCAGCCUCCUUAUGCUUGUGAUGGCUCAAACCCAUCAACCAGAUCCUUCGUUUUCUGCAAUCCCAAGCUUCCCAUUUCUCAAAGAGCCAAAGACCUCGUAUCACGACUCACAUUGGACGAGAAACUCGCCCAACUCGUGAACUCAGCUCCCCCCAUUCCCCGACUCGGUAUCCCGAGUUACCAGUGGUGGAGCGAAGCAUUGCACGGUGUUGCCGACGCUGGUCCUGGCAUCAGAUUCAAUGGCACAAUCAAAUCCGCAACCAGCUUCCCUCAAGUUAUUCUCACUGCUGCUUCCUUCGAUCCCAACCUCUGGUAUCAAAUUAGUAAGGCUAUUGGAAGAGAAGCUAGAGCAGUGUAUAAUGCUGGGCAAGCUAUGGGGAUGACGUUUUGGGCUCCAAACAUAAACAUUUUCAGGGACCCCAGAUGGGGGAGGGGGCAAGAGACAGCUGGUGAAGACCCUACGGUGAAUGCCAAAUAUGCUGUAGCGUUUGUGAGAGGGCUUCAAGGUGAUUCAUUUCAUGGAGGGAAACUUGGAGAGCGUCUUCAAGCUUCAGCUUGUUGCAAGCACUUUACUGCUUAUGAUUUGGACAAUUGGAAUGGCGUGGAUCGCUUCGUCUUCGAUGCUCGCGUCACUUUGCAAGAUUUGGCGGACACCUAUCAGCCUCCAUUUCAGAGUUGUAUACAACAAGGACGAGCCAGUGGGAUAAUGUGUGCUUACAACCGUGUCAAUGGGGUCCCAAACUGUGCAGAUUUCAAUCUAUUAACCAAAACCGCAAGAAAACAGUGGAAUUUCGAUGGGUAUAUUACGUCUGAUUGUGGAGCAGUUGAUAUCAUACACGAUAAGCAAGGUUAUGCAAAAACAGCAGAGGACGCUGUAGCCGAUGUCCUUAGGGCAGGGAUGGAUGUGGAGUGUGGUGAUUACAUGAAUAAGCAUGCUAAAUCAGCAGUGUUACAGAAAAAAGUACCUAUAUAUCAAAUUGACCGUGCCCUUCAGAAUCUGUUCUCUAUUAGAAUGAGGCUAGGCCUAUUUGAUGGAAAUCCUGCCAAGCUCACAUUUGGCACGAUUGGUCCCAAUCAAGUUUGUACCAAACAAAACCUUCAACUAGCUCUUGAAGCUUCAAGGAAUGGCAUUGUCCUUUUGAAGAACACUGCCUCACUACUCCCACUUCCAAAGACAAACCCCAGUAUUUCCCUUGCAUUGAUAGGCCCCAAUGCCAAUGCUUCAUCGCUAGCUGUUCUAGGAAACUAUUAUGGCCGUCCUUGCAAAUUGGUGACGCUAUUGCAAGGCUUUCAGCACUAUGCUAAGAACACCAUUUAUCAUCCUGGUUGUAAUGAUGGACCACAGUGUUCUUCUGCUCAAAUAGACCAGGCAGUGGAAGUAGCAAAAAAAGUGGAUUAUGUGGUGCUGGUUAUGGGAUUGGAUCAAAGUCAAGAGAGGGAAUCACAUGAUCGCGAUCACCUAGACUUGCCAGGCAAGCAACAAGAACUCAUCAAUAGCGUUGCCAAAGCUUCUAAGAAACCAGUUAUUUUGGUCCUCAUGUGUGGAGGCCCUAUAGAUAUCACCUCAGCUAAGUUUGACAAGAAAAUUGGAGGCAUCUUGUGGGCUGGUUAUCCAGGGGAACUUGGAGGAAUGGCCCUGGCCCAAAUUAUCUUUGGUGACUAUAACCCAGGAGGAAGACUACCACUUACAUGGUACUCAAGAGAUUUCAUCAGAGUACCAAUGACAGACAUGAGAAUGAGAGCUGAUCCAGCAUCAGGCUAUCCUGGGAGAACAUACAGAUUUUACACAGGUCCAAAGGUGUAUGAAUUUGGCUACGGCCUAAGCUACUCAAAUUAUUCCUAUGAGUUCGUUUCUGUCACACAGAACAAUCUUCACUUAAAUCAAUCAUCUACUCAUUUGAUGGUUGAGAAUUCUGAAACCAUCCGUUACAAACUGGUUUCGGAGUUGGGUGAAGAAACAUGCCAAAGCAUGUCGGUCUCAGUCACUAUGGGAGUUAAAAAUCAUGGAAGCAUGGUGGGGAAGCAUCCAGUAUUGCUGUUUAUGAAGCAAGGUAAACAGCGAAAUGGAAAUCCAAUGAAACAGUUGGUGGGUUUUCAAAGUGUGAAGCUAGAUGCAGGGGAGAGUGCUCAAGUAGGAUUUGAGGUAAGCCCUUGUGAGCAUCUUAGCAUAGCAAACGAGGGUGGUUCAAAGGUGAUACAAGAGGGGUCUUAUUUAUUGCUUGUGGGGGACCUAGAGUACCCAAUAAAUAUCACUCUUUGA